AUGAGCGCGCCAGCUCGCACGACAGCUCGCACGAGAGCAGGAGCGGUUCACCCGUCUACACGACUUGUUCGAACACAGUUACAGCAAGAUCGUGAUCGCAUUGCCGGACGCAUUAAGAAGACUUGGCCCACGCGCAGAUACCAGGGUAGUAGAGGUAUACAGAAUCCCAACAAUUGGUGCUUCAUCAACUCGGUAUUACAGGCUCUUCUCCAUCUACCAAAGCUACUCAGUUUGCUUCAAAUCCAUAGACACACCACUCUCUCGGUCAAUGAAGCAGAUGACAUAACUCCAGCAUGCGGAGCGUGCAUCAUGCGCGACCUUAUUAAUGAUUACUGGGGGAACACACCCAUCACCAGGCCAAUUCGAAAUCCAGGGCCAGAUGUUACCCGUAUAGGCCAUAUAGCUAUCAAAUCUAGGAUUACAACCCGAGUUCGCGGAGAGUAUAUAGAGCAAGAUGACGCAGAUACUAUGUACAUCAAAGUUGUCGAGUAUAUGCGUAAUGCGAGCCUUGCGAAGGGAUGGUCGAAUCAGAUACGAUCGCUAUUUCACCUCGACACAGUACAGUACGCCCAAUGCCAAAUGUGUCCUGCGACAAGGGUAGUAAUAGAAGAGUCAAACGCUGAAAUGGCGAUUCAUCCGAGUGCCACAUUCGACGCUGCGAUACGGACCUACUUUUACGAUACAAUAGACAUGCACUGCGACACAUGUAGAAUACACGAGCAAUCACACUGGACCCGUAGAGAAAUCGUCGCCGGGCCUCAAUACCUAAAAAUCAGGAUUAACCUUUUUGGUGGGAGAAUGGUCAUGGGUGAUGAAGGAUUGGAGUACCAAGGCAUUAAGAUCCCACAUUCAAUGCCCAUUCAUGAGGUUCUUGAUCUCACCCAAUACCAGGAGGUCCCCACCCUUCCCCUUCGAUACAAGAUCCACAGCGUUAUUUCUCACUCUGACCCGAUAUACAGCGGCCACUAUGUCUGCUCUACCAAAGGACAAGGCAACGACAUUACGUGCAUCUCUGAUACCCAUAAAGAGCCAUUUAACCUGCAAAGUUUAUUACAAAGUCCACAACGGCCCACGAUUACCGGCCAAAAAGACGUCUAUGUUCUGACAUAUGUAAGGGACGACGGUGUACUAACUGACGCACAAAAAGCGCUGAAGAAACUGCUUUAA